UUGUUUUUAAUAAAGCAAACUAGAUACAGUCUGGUCACAGCACUAACAAUUUGAACAUAGACUAGAAGGAGAAACAACACAACCAAUCUCUUCCCAGUAAUCAGAAUCUCAUGUAAAUCCAGUGCAAGUACCCUGCCAACAAACGCUGCAGUAAUGCAUUAGUAACUGUAGUAAGCUGCAGUGAUGCAUUAGGAAAUCUACUUUUUUUCAGAAGAGAAAAAUAUUUCAAGGUAUAAACACUCUUAAACCUGAAAAGAGUACAGCAAUGCUAAGCUUCAGCACAGAAAAAUCAAAAUUAAUUUAAAUGCUAUAUGUAUAAUCAAAUUAUGUGCUCAAGAUGGUUGAAAGCCUGUUUCAAAGAUGUUUGCAGUAGUAAGCACAGCUAUUCUAAAAUAAAAUGCAUUAGAAAAAGGUAAUUUUAAUUAAUUGUUAGACUUGAAUCCACUUUCUCUGUGUCACCUUUGCUUGGUGGUUUCUUGACUAUGUGGCAAAGGAAUCCUUUUCUACACUGUCGGCCCUCACACCAGAAUUUCAAAAUAGUCCUACGAACUCCAAAAUGGCAUGCCAGAUCAGUUCUAUUUAGAAUGAUAACCACAUAAGCCUUGCAACUCUAUUAAAAUUUAAGCACUAAGUGUCCUGACCAUCAGGUCCUUACACACUAAGACAGUUCAUUUCCCUGUAUCAUUAAUCUACAAGAACGUUAUGGAAAACAUUAACAAAACAGCAUGUAGAACAGUAGAAGUUUUCUUCCAAAUGGCUCCCACUGAAAAGUAUUAUUUUAUUCCCAUUAACAGUUAUCACUGGAACACCUUCAAUGGACAUCUCUAUUGUAUUUUAAUUGUUGAUACUAUGUUUUUUCAACAGGUCAUUUGUGAUGAGUCUGGAAAGAACCUCUCUAGCAUCCCCACUGAUUUGUUGCAGAAUGUUACUAAAUUAAAUCUCAAAAAUAAUAAAAUUACUUUAAAACACAAUGACAAAGACAUUCUUAUAAGGCUUCCUAACCUCACUGAGCUUUAUCUGAAUGAAAACAUGAUUACUCUACUGUAUAAUAACAGCUUCUGCAAUUUGACAAAACUUGUAAAUCUGGAUAUAAGCAACAAUUGUAUUAACACAGUUCAUCAAGCAGCAUUUGCAGGAUUAUAUCAACUGCUAGUGCUGAAUCUUUCCUAUAACAGGAUUACUCAAUUAGAUUCAAAUGUAUUUUCUUCUCUAAUAAAUCUAAGAGUUUUGAAUCUGCAGAAUAACCUUUUGGAAUCUUUUCAUAUAAAACCAUCUUUUAAAUUGACUACAAUUACCUUAGAUGGAAACCCAUGGAACUGCUCCUGUAGCCUCCUUGAUUUACAAAUAUGGCUAACUGCUUCUAAUGUGACAAUGGGUAAGUUCUUGUAAGAGCAGCAUUUCACACCUGUUUGCCUCAAACGGUCUUACCGUAGUUUUUUCCUGAUCUUAAUAAAAUUCACCAUCAACUUCUCUGUGUUUUAGUUAUCACUGGUUUUUCUUUUAAGAUCUUAAUGCCAAUUAGUUAACAAUAUCAUAAACAAUCUCUAUUGCUCCUAUUCACAGAAAAUGAAAACAACACUAUG